ACGCGCUGCCCUCCCAGCGCUGCCCGCCGCUCCCGGGCACGGGUGCUAAUCGCGUUCACCCUGCGGAGGGAAGGAAGGAGAGAAAAAGGACGCAAGAUCCGCAACCUGCAGCCCAGCUGUAAACAAUGAAACUGAGGGCGGCUGCUGCUCUAAUCCCGUGAAUAGUGGACCGUGCGUCUACCCAGCAAUGCAUUUUGGGAUCUGCAGGAGGCUGCAUGCGAUGGCUGCACGGAUUUAGCUUGUCCCUCGGUGUCUUUUCGGCAAGGCCCGAUGGCUCUUACACGGACGCCGUCCGCCGGCGGGGAGCGAUACCGGAGCGCAGCCGCCGCCGCUGAGGCGAGGCCCGCCUAACCCCGCAUCAGCCGCGGGGUGACUCCUCGAGCGGAGUGUACUGCCGCAGGAUUUAAAAAUUAUUAUUGGUUUGAUAUAUUUUUUUUAAUUGAAUUGCAGUGGUUGGUGGGGUCUGCAUCGCGAUUCGCGGUUACGGCACGCACGUCUCUCUGGCCUCUCCAUCUCGCGGCGAUGCCCGGGCUGGAUGCUGCUGCUUGAAGGGAGGAGAGCAGCGGCGAGAGACAUGUAUCUUCUGGACAGCAGCGAGCCGCCGGCUGCCACCGCCUCCUCUCCGGAGAGAAUGCAUAGAGGGACCCCUCAGAGGAAAACCGUUUACCGCAUCUCCGUGACCAUGGUGAAGAAGGAGCUGCUGGGGCCGGAGAGUGGCCAUCCCGAUCCGGAGCUGCCCCCCCGCGGGAGGCGCGGCGGGAGCCGGGCGCCGGGCUCCUCCAGCCUCACCAGGGCUGGGCUGCUGCUGGUGGAGGAGGAGGGCGAGGAGGAGGAAGGCGAGGAGCGGGACCGAGUGCCCAGCCCCUGCGGCUUCCGCAACUUCAGGACCCUCAGCACGGGGCAGCUGGAGCUGGGCCGUCUCAAGGUGCCACGGCGAGCGGGGCAGCACUUCUCUGCCGAGCUCGCCCUCGGAGGCCCGCGGGGCAGCCUGUCCCCGGAGGGGAGCAGUGGGGAGGCGGCUCCCACCUCUGGCGGAGCUGAGGCCACAGCCUCCCCCGAAGAGGAGGAGGAGGAGGACGAUGCGAGUCCGGGAGCCCGCGGCCCGCCGUCAGGCCAGGCCCCGAAUGUGGGGGAGCGAGAGCACAGCCCUUGGCGGCAGCCCGGCCUACUGCGGCGGAGCUUCAGUUUCAGGCACUGGAGCGGCGGCAGCGGGGAGCUGCCGCGAGUAAGGGCGCUGAGCCGGUUGCGGCGGCACAGCAGCUCCGGCUGCCUGCCCGGACCACCGCCGAGCCAGGGCGCCGGGGUGCGGGAAGCACCGCCCGCCGCCAUUCCCGUCGCCGUCCCCCCUGAGAAGCGCAACACGCUGGACGUGGGCGAGGUGCUGAGCCAGGCGGACCCACUCUCCCAGCUGGAGCGCUGGGAGCGGAGCAAGAGCAAGAACCGGACUCUGGAUAACAGCGAUCUGCAGCGAUUCUCCGAGCGGCUGGGGAGGGAGGGCCCUGCCGCUGCCCACGAGCACCGGCUGCUACGCUUCUUCAGUGGCAUCUUCGCCCGCAAGGACGGCACCUCCGCCCUCUUCGGCAGCCCCCAUGGGCGAUCUCGCAGCAGCUUCUCCAGAUCCAGGGCUUAUUUUAGCAGCCUCAGGAGAGCCACCGUGGACAUACAGUCAAGCUCGGAGAGCAUCAAUGGGUCCCCCCACAAAGAUGCCUUUGUAAAUAGCCAGGAAUGGACACUAAGCCGAUCUGUACCAGAACUGAAAGUGGGGAUAGUGGGUAACUUAGCAAGUGGCAAGUCUGCCCUUGUACACCGGUAUCUGACUGGCACAUAUGUCCAAGAGGAAUCACCUGAAGGUGGGAGAUUCAAGAAAGAGAUAGUAGUUGAUGGACAAAGCUAUCUGCUGCUGAUUAGAGAUGAAGGAGGCCCUCCAGAGGCACAGUUUGCUAUGUGGGUGGAUGCUGUUAUAUUUGUCUUCAGCUUGGAAGAUGAAAUUAGCUUCCAGACUGUUUACCACUACUACAGCCGCAUGGCUAACUAUCGUAACACUAGUGAAAUCCCAAUGGUACUCGUGGGAACCCAAGAUGCUAUAAGCUCCAGUAAUCCACGUGUCAUAGAUGAUGCCAGAGCGAGGAAGUUAUCAAAUGACCUCAAGAGAUGCACUUACUACGAAACCUGUGCUACUUACGGACUCAAUGUGGAGAGAGUCUUCCAAGAUGUUGCUCAGAAGAUUGUUGCAACAAGGAAGAAACAGCAACUCUCAAUUGGACCCUGCAAAUCACUACCAAACUCUCCAAGCCACUCAUCUGUGUGUUCUGCCCAGGUUUCUGCCAUACAUAUCAGCCAGACCAGUAAUGGAGGAGGGAGUUUAAGUGAUUAUUCCUCCUCUGUUCCGUCAACUCCAAGCACCAGCCAGAAGGAGCUACGGAUUGAUGUUCCUCCCACUGCCAACACACCAACUCCUGUUCGUAAACAGUCCAAGCGCCGGUCCAACCUCUUCACGUCUCGGAAAGGGAGUGACCCAGACAAAGAGAAGAAGGUCCUGGAGAGCAGAACAGAUAGCAUUGGAAGCGGCCGUGCAAUCCCAAUUAAACAGGGUAUGCUGCUAAAGCGAAGUGGCAAGUCGUUGAAUAAAGAGUGGAAGAAGAAAUAUGUGACAUUGUGUGACAACGGUGUGCUGACUUACCAUCCUAGUUUACACGACUAUAUGCAGAAUGUUCACGGUAAAGAAAUCGACUUGCUGAGAACCACUGUGAAAGUCCCCGGGAAGAGGCCACCCCGAGCUACAUCAGCUUGUGCACCCAUUUCCAGUCCCAAAACGAAUGGCCUCUCCAAGGACAUGAGCAGUUUACACAUUUCGCCAAAUUCAGGGAACGUGACUACUAGCACAUCUGUGUCUCAGAUGGCAAGUGGGAUCAGUCUAGUGUCCUUCAACAGUCGUCCGGACGGUAUGCAUCAGCGCUCUUACUCAGUCUCCAGUGCAGAUCAGUGGAGUGAGGCAACAGUCAUUGCAAACUCUGGCAUUAGCAGUGAUACUGGUUUAGGAGAUUCUGUAUGUUCAAGCCCAAGUAUAUCUAGUACAACGAGCCCUAAACUAGAUCCACCUCCUUCACCUCAUGCCAAUAGAAAGAAACACCGCAGGAAGAAAAGCACGAGCAAUUUCAAAGCUGAUGGUAUCUCGGGCACAGCUGAAGAACAAGAAGAAAACUUUGAGUUUAUUAUUGUCUCUCUCACCGGCCAGACUUGGCACUUUGAAGCUACCACAUAUGAAGAAAGAGAUGCAUGGGUACAAGCCAUAGAGAGUCAGAUCUUGGCCAGUUUACAGUCAUGUGAGAGCAGCAAGAACAAGUCCCGCCUGACAAGUCAGAAUGAGGCCAUGGCCCUUCAGUCCAUAAGGAACAUCAGAGGCAAUUCCCACUGUGUGGACUGUGAAGCACAGAACCCCGACUGGGCCAGCUUGAAUCUGGGAGCCCUCAUAUGUAUUGAAUGCUCAGGUAUACACCGAAACCUUGGCACGCAUCUCUCCCGAGUCCGCUCUCUUGACCUGGAUGACUGGCCUAUAGAGCUCAUCAAGGUGAUGUCUUCCAUCGGGAAUGAGCUGGCAAACAGUGUCUGGGAGGAGAGCAGCCAGGGCCAUAUGAAACCUUCGUCAGACUCCACAAGGGAAGAAAAAGAGCGCUGGAUACGUGCGAAAUAUGAGCAGAAGCUCUUCCUUGCACCUCUGCAGUGCCUGGAGCUUUCUUUGGGCCAGCAUCUCCUGAGGGCUACAGCUGAGGAGGACUUGCGGACAGUCAUCCUGCUCCUUGCCCAUGGGACUCGGGAAGAGGUGAACGAGACCUGUGGAGAUGGUGAUGGACGCACUGCCCUUCAUUUGGCGUGCAGGAAAGGAAAUGUGGUGUUAGUGCAGCUCUUGAUUUGGUAUGGUGUCAACGUGAUGGCACGCGAUGCCCAUGGAAACACAGCAUUGGCCUACGCCCGGCAAGCCUCCAGCCAGGAGUGCAUUGAUGUUCUCCUCCAGUAUGGCUGCCCUGACGAGCGCUUCGUCCUCAUGGCCACUCCAAACUUGUCCAGGAAGAACAAUAACCGGAACAACAGCAGCGGAAGGAUGCCCACCAUCAUCUGAGGAGCUCACUCAUGUAUUUGCUGACCUGAAUUACAUCCACAGCCUCAUAUUCCUCCAUUCCCAUCACAGCUCUGCUCUGUGAGUUUGGUAACUCACCCUCCUUUUCCCUUUUCGUUUCGGUACGUCCCCAUCCCAUCCAGAAACGGUGCAUCUGGAGAGUGUGAGGGGAUGAGAAGGAUCAAAAGGGAAUACAGAGAAAGCAGUUGUUUCAGCAACAUCUCUCAAAGGAUGGAAAAAGUGAGCAAGGGCAUGUGGGUUGAGCAAGACACACCACACAUGACACUGGGACCACGGGAGAGCAGUUGUCCCUGGGAGAGACACAGACUCCCUGAGCAUAGAGGUAGGGGGCAGAGGGAAAGGCGAGCGAGAGGAGAAGGAAGGAGAGAUAGUGACUUUCCGUAACUGACAGUUAAGCACAUCAGUACAUUUCACCUCUACCAAACGCAAUGCCUGGAUUUCAUUCUCUUCUCUGAAGAGCUUGACGGCAUAAAUCAGAAGCAAGCACAGAGUUUGUCAGGUUUGAAGCUCCUAUGAUGGUAUGUGUCAAAUCAGUUGUAGCUAAUCUGUCCAGGGAGAAUACUGGCUUCAUUACACUUGUAUAGUUGAGUUCUUCCAGCAUUACUGCUGUUUAAUAGAACAUGAUUAGUCAUCACGGAGAAAAAAGCAUAUUAGCUGAGGAGGUAGUUACAUGGCACGCUUCGGUGAUUGCUUGGAUGUGAUUGCAAUAUUCUUAGAAGCAUCAUAUUAUCUCAGACAUGUUCUUUCAGGCCCUUGGAGCCCUCCUUUCUAAAUUCACUGUCAUAAUUUAGUAUCUGUUUAAUUUUUCAGUCCAGAGAGAGGAAAUGAGUUGCUGAGUGUUAUUUGACUGCAGUCUCUUUGGUGUAAAAACAAAAUGGAAAAAAUAAAUAAGAGUAACUAUGAAACACAAAAAGGAAUAAUGAAUACCGCUAAGGAAAAACAUUUCAAGUAAGUUUAGUGAAAUUAAUAAACACAUUAAAGGCUAAUAUUUUUUCAGCCAGCAGAAAUAAGUUCCGUCAUUUUGCCAAGGUAAAUGUGUUGAGUUUUUGGUCACUCCUGUGAUGCGUUGCCUAACUUAUACAGAUUUUUGUAUUGUGUCUCUAGAUUAUAUGUAUGUAAAAUCUAUUUGAAUAAAAAAAGUCCAUAAAUAUGCCUUGAUUUUUUUUUGUACAGAAAAUUACAUCUCUGUUAAUUUAUAAACUGUAAUUGAUGUGAACUAAAUAAUGGGCAACUAGUUAGGAUCUGUGGGUUACAGAUCGUUGUACAUCGAAAAUAUUCACAGAAGUGAACUCUUGUUUCCAUCGCAGACCUUUGAGGAACAGAUUAGAAGGAGAUUAUGGCAUGUUUGGCAUGAAAAAGAAAAUGUAUGAGACCCUUUAGAAAGGAAAAAGAGGCUGUUUCUGAGCACUGUAAAUGUAUUUUAUUCCAGAAGUCACAAAGCUUUCACAAGCCAAAAGAAAAAGCCUUAGCUUGGCUGUGGGAAGAUCAGAUUUGAUUAAGUUCAGAAUUGAUAGCCUUCAUUGUGGCGGGCAGGGCAUGGCUGCGCUUGACUCCCAACUUGGCUGCGUUCUGGAAGAAAAAUGGCUUGUGAAAGUAGCCUGGACAGUUCAUUUGAAUUCCAAGUUUUAAUACUUGAUUUGAUUAUUUUGGUAUCGCUGGGCAGAUCCCAGCUUCUCCUGUUUUCAACCAAGUAGGAUUCUGGCACAGGGAAGUGGACUGUACUGUUUUUGGCAGGCAGAAAUGUGAUUUAUUUUUUGUAAGUGGCAUACAGCAGUGUGGGGAUGGGGGAAGGGUAAAUCACAGAGAAAGUUGAAAACUCACUGAAUUUGAUGGCAAAGGAGCAAUUAUCUGAAGGCAGUGAGGUGCGUACAGCAUAGCAAUUUCCAAAUCUACCUGCUCAGAUAUAUUUCCCAAGCCUUCAGUGGUGCUCUUCCUUGGGGCUCCAAUUUUGUUUGGCAUACAAAUGGGAGGAUCAUAGCAAUUGCUAAACAAAGUAUAUGUAGACAAAAUGUGAAAGAAUAAAGGUCAUCUGGUUAUCUUAAGGGCGGAAAAAAAUCAGAAAAUUACAGAUUUUAUGUAAAAGCAUCAAAUUGUAGAAGAAAAGUGAGUCUCAAGGUGGAAGCAUCGGAAUACUAACCAGCUUUUCCUCUUCAGUGGUGUUCUCAUUUUGUACUUUGUUACUGUGUAGACCUUUGACUAUUUGGGGGACACUUUUCUUCAACCAGCCUAAGCUGGCUGCAUCAGAGUAAAGCUACAGCUGAUUCUUUUCAUACUGGGAUUUUUAUUUAUAUUUUUUUUCGUUGAGAAAGGGUGGCUUUUAAUUGCUAUUUUUUUAUCAGUCUCACACAACUCCCUGAUCUUUAGUACUUAAAAGUGGUCCUUCAGGGACAGGAAAACCCACCUAACACGCAGCUGAAGGGGAUGUUGUGAAGCCCACUGUGUUUUGGUACUCAUAAGCUUUACACCUCUACAAGGUAGAUGCAUCAGGGAUUCAGGAAUCCAGAUGUGCUAAAGUUGCCUGCUGUUUCCCUGGGGACAUCAAGAACAUUUGUACCCAAAAAACAAGUCCAAUGUUUCAAAUACAUAGUAGACAGGUUUUCCACUGAUGAGUUCUCAAUGCAUGUUCCGUUUCUGAGCUGGUUUUUUCCUGUUCAAAAAUAUUUUCUGUACGUGAUCUGAUGCUCUCUUUGGGCCAAUUCUUAUAAAACUGAGAGUGAUGUUUGAAAAACAAGGGCAACUAGGCUGUCAUGCAAAUUUCAGGUAGAAGAAUUAUACACUCCUUUCAUAAAGAUUUUCUGAAGGUGAACAUUGAAAAAACACAGAAUAUUUUUAGAAGAAAUCCCACUGUAUUAUAUGAAAAAUUAUAAAUCCAGGCUAGCCAACUAAUAACCUCAUACUUUAAUUAACAAAUAACACAGUUGCUUUUAACCUAAACAUAGGAUUUUCCCCUUGGAGAUGUAAGCAUUGUCAGUACCUAUAUGGAAGUGGUGUAGACUAUGUGAUGACUUCCCCAAAAUGUUUGAGGCUCUGUGUGGAGAAUAUUUGGUUGUGCCUGCAGCGGCAGUCCCUUUAAAAGGCAGGAGAUCACCAAGCAUCGUCUCUCCUAAGUCAGGAAAGACCUUCUCACUACAGCUGGCGAUGCCCCAGCCAUGGGAGAACAGACCCUGAGGGUGCAUGCCUCAUGAGGUGUUGGGUACGGCAACCUUUAUUCAAAUGGUUUUGGUUGGAUGGUUGCAAGAAGUUGUGUGGCAUCUCCUGAGCUAGUGGGACAGGCCGUCUGGCAAGGAAGUGAGGCCAGCAUAGACUCCAUCCAUUUAUUGCAUGAUGAAGGAGAGGAGGGGAAACCCCUUCUCACCACAGCUGAGAGCAAGGAUGGAAGAAGUUCUCUGUGGCUGGAGCCUGGCAGGGCUUGGCCUUGUGAGCUGAAGUCUCUGGGCUCUGCAUGCUUUUCAGGGGACAUGUUUGCACUUUGCAAAGGAUAUUCUUAAAGCCGUCCAAGUGUGGAAACGGGCAAUGUGUCCCAACACUUGGAGAACCUACAGGAGUCAUUCUCCUUGUUUUCACUCCGUUAACCCAUCUGUUUUCUGUUCUUCAUCUCAUGUUUAGGCCCUCUAGUUGCUUUUAUGGAACCCGCUUGCCAGGCUGUUUAAGCCCUUUGAGCAUGUUAAGAGCAAAUUAAAACCAAAUUGAGAUACAGUCAAUAAGAAAUCCCAGCAGAAACACGUUAGCUAAAGCUGUUUUCUCUGAAAAUGGGGUUUGUGGCUGUGUUUUUUUUUAACCCAGAUACCUUUAAAUCCUCCUUCCUCUGCACUUUAUCCACAACAAUUAAAACCUUAGAAAUGAGUCAGCUGUUGCUACUAACAUAUUUUAAGCUAGUUGCCGUUGAAUGGUGGAAGUGAGUCAGAUGUGUCAUAUCUGGAAUCUGAACCUUGAUAUUCCCAGAAAUGAGGAAGGUUUGCUUCUCUUUGUUUUUUCUGAAGGAAUAAGAUCUAACCUGGGCAACAUUCAGGGCCCUGCCAGUGCACAGACUUGGUCAAGGGCUUCCAUUACCAGGAUUUCCAAUUUCAUUUCUAAAAGGGGACAAAAGAAAAGCUAUUUUUUGAGAACCUUGGUAUAAUCUGAGCUAGGUGCCGCUCAGAAAGCCAGGUGAGAUCCUAGAAGGUAGAGAUGAUUUUUAAGCAUUUGGGCAUAGUGUACAAUACCUGUGUAAACACUGAUAUCGUUUAAUUUGCCAUCUUUUCACCAUUUCUUUAAAUUAUAUGUGUUAGUGCAAAAAAAAAAGAAAAAAAAAAAAGCUUUAGUUGCAUUAGGAGAUUUCCCCUGGCCAGACAAAGCUGAGUAACAUAGGGAGAGGAAUAGAGGUGGGAAUGCAGAUACAGGCUUAGGAAUUAGUUUAGAAAUUAUCUCCAGCACUGUAAUGUAGUAUAAUUAAAUUAUAUGGAGUUUGGAUACUUUUGUCUUUUAUAUUUGUAUGGAGAUCAGGAAAAAUGGAUUUGUAGUUUCUAGUAUAAAGUAGUAAUAGUGGAGACAAGCACAGAUUUCACAAGGGGAUCCCAAAGGGGCCCUGUCCAAAUGUCUCGGGGAGCCGCAUUUGCACCUUAACAGGGAACAAACGGUUUUUGUGUCUGGAAGAACUCAAGAGAAAGGGACAGCAUUGGGACCAAAGCUGGGGCAGCUUGGCUGGGUCAGAGACAACUUGCCCAUCUGCAUCUCAUUGUCAAGUGUCUUCAUUUCCCCUCCAGUGGCUGCUACAGCAAUUCAUAUGUGGGAUCUCUAGCUAUUAACCUUGGAUCAUCCAUUCAAAAUCUUCUAUUCUUAGUGAUUUGUGGGUAAAAUUUAUCGUGUAGAAAAUUGAAUUUGCAUGUUCUUGUGUUUGCUGCAUCACAGGAAAAAAAAAAAGAAAAAAAGCACUCCAGAUUAAGGUUCUUUUCAAGGUAGAAAAACACUAAACUACCCCAAAUUAAAAGGUUCUGCAAUGAUUUGGACUUCUUAAUUCUAAGCUACAAAAAAAACAUUGGUUUGAAUGUUUUUAUUAGAAAAUAAUAUCCUGUUUGAAAAAAUAUAGAGGUAAUAGAGGAAAAUAUCCAAAGCUGUAGUUUUGUAGAUUUGGUGUAUGACAAAUAUUCUAGGUUUUGUUUCAUUGCUUAGCGUGGACCAGUUUUUAAAGUAGUUAUUGGGUCUUCUCAUCUUAUGACAGUUGAGUUGUCUGAAUCUGUCUCAUGUUUUAAAGGCAGUUGAAGAGUUUUGGCCAAGAUUUUCAGGAGCUAUGAAUAGUUCAUGUUUUAAGAGGAGGAUUGCAUGAUUUCUGAAAAGAAAAAAUGGUUUUGGAUGGGUUUUUAAAAGCCAUCUUAAGCCCUAGAUCACUAACCACAUGCCUGGUCAUCUUGGCCUCCGUGUUUCAUUUCAGGUGACAGCACUAUGUGGGUGAAUGAACUCCUAUCAUUCAUUCCCUGAAUGUUCAGGGAGAGUUUUGCUUGAAAUAAAAAAGUCUUUGUACAUUUCAGUAGUUUUAGCCUCUUCAUCUCUAUAUGUCUGCCUAUCUCCCAAAUCCCUGUGGCACAUUCAAGUGGUAGCGGUCAGUUCUGUUGACAGGCAGAGCUUCAGCUUUCUCUUGGCCAUGGACUUUUUGGAUGUGUGUUUAGCUUCCAGUACUAAGGAUUGAGUGUUUUGCAGUGCUUCAGAGCUAGUAAUUUUGUUUGUGUGUUAUGUACAAAACACGAAAGGGGGAGCGGGUGGGGAUGCUUACAGAGGUUUAAUGGCAUGCGUUUGGGAUGACCACGUUGCUUGCUGACAGUGAAUGCACCAUCAGCUCUUUUGUGUAUGCCCCAUUUUCUGGAACCAAUUGGUGAUUUUUUGUUUCUGAGAACCAAAGUAGCUGAAGACACUUCCCUGGUACUUUUGAAUGACACAGUACAGGGAGUAAAACCCCUCACAGCAGACAACUUGAUAGGGUCUGAUCCGUGCUGAAGGCAAACCCCAAGCUUAUGUGGGACCGAGGAGGAGUUUUGGUGCUGAAGAAGGGUUAUUUGAUAACUAGUUCCCACAUCUGGGGAUUGAGUUGAGUUGAAUUGGUGGAUGAAUUGCAGUCAGGAGUCUUUGAUCCCUAAGGUAAAGGCAUUGUAUCACAUGGAAGUCACUAACUACACAGGCUUUGCUUUUGAUGUGUGUAUGUGUGCUUAUAUAUGCAGGUGUGCUCUGCAUACUGCUAUUAGGAAUUGUGAAAAUGUACAUGCGCACAUUUACACAUUAAUCAAAAUGUAAUGCUACAGCCAGGUUUUCAGUUUGAUUUUUCUAAAUGGGCAGGUUUGCCAGUUUGACUAAGAUCAGCCAUUUCCAAGAGCACAGGAGGCAGGCGCAGCAUGGGGGAGGCCUGCUCGAGAGAUGGAGAGAUGCAGGCUUACUGUGGCCCUUGCGAGCCAUCAGGCACUCAGGACUUGCACAGAUACCUGCCACAGAGCUAUUCAGAAAAAUCCAGCUCCUUCAGAUGGCAACACUGAAUUUGAGGAAACCUUUUCAUUUGGCCUGAAGUAGCUUGAAAGAAGAAACCCCAGCUUGCCAGUCCUAGGGGUGUUACCAGAGGAGAAUCUGAAGGUGAGAAGGACAGAGGAUGUGCUGCUCAGAGGCCUUUUUUAAUAUAAAUUUGCUUGAAACUCAGCUUACUGGCUGAAUUUAAGUGUGAGAGCAGUGGGCUACCCUGUAGCCGAUUCAGUGAUGCUUCAGGUCCUGGUGCAGUUUGUGGGGCCGUUGGGGAUGAUGAUGGUGAUGAUCAGGUGUUUCUGAAGAGUGUUGUCUAGGUGAGUCUUUCCCUAAGCGCAGCUCCUCAUUCUUCUCUCCACAUGUUCUUGGCCAUUAAGCUCUAGCCUCAAAAUUUUGCCAUCAGUGAGCCACAAGCCUCAAGCUCAAGUGCUGAGGCAUGUACCAAGUGGUCCAGGGAAACUUGACCAGGUGUUACUCACACCAUUUCUGCCCUUGCUUUUGGUUUAUAGUCCUGUCAGGGAAGAUCAGCAAAGAGUAGAUAAGUUUGACGUGGCAAGAAGCUGGAGCUAUCUGAAGUAUGGUAAGAGACAUGGCUGAGUGAGCAGAAAUGACAGGACAGUCUUUCCCUUUCUUGCAUCUGUGACAAAAGGCUUACUGUGAAAUGCUGCUGAAAAUCCCUCCAAGCAUUUUUUCCAAUGUGUCUUGGAAGUCAACUGGGUUCUCCAUUGAAUCUAUCGAUGUCAUUUGCCACUCCGUGGGGAAAAAACGAUGUACCUGUCCUUUGAAAGCAAAGCUCUUUGCUCCAUGGAAAUACCAGGUUUCCAGGGUGUAUGCAUUCAGUCCGGAUCUCUUUUACUAUUUCAGUGUCAAGAGCAUCUUUCACUUGGCUUAUAUAGGUGGAUGCAGAAACUGAAGGGGUAUUCGGGAAAGGAGCUCCUUUUAAAACAGAAGGGACUUGUUUUGUGUAACUAUUGCCUUUGGACUCUGGUUUGGAAUUGCCAAGGGCAUGAUUCAGGCGGGAGAUUUGGACUCAAAUGGGCUUCAUCCUGACCUCUCUGAAGUCAGAGUUUAGCCCCUGAUUGCAGUAAGGUUGUGAUUUGAGGGUCAAUGUAAUUGGAUCAUUUAUUUUGGGAAGCACCGUUGGCACCGCUUGGGAAGUGUAUGUGUACCUUGGGGUUUUUUCUUCAUUCCUCACUGCCCUGUGACUGCCUGCAAAGGCCUGGUGUUACAUUCAGAUGCAUUUAGCCCCCAAGGCUUUCAGUUUUUCUGCUUUGCAAGGUUUGUCUUUCUGGUUGGGAUGGGGAGGAAGGGAGCAAGGGAGCCCAGGUGAGCAGGGACACCUGAGACCUCUGGGGCUGAGGCAGAAGCUGGCAGAACAUGGCACAUGGCAGGCUUUAGAGCAAGUUUUGGUUUGGGGUUUUUUUUUGUUUGUUUUUGUAAAUAGUAAUGUAUAAAUGAUGACAAGACAGUGUGGAAAUUAUUAAAAAAAGUUUUGUUGUUUUUAUAUUACCUCAUGCACCAAGUUUGUUUUACAAUGACACAAUGAUGCUUUAUUUAUAUUGUUUGUACUGUAAUUAAACCGAUUGACAGAUAUUUCACUUUGCUCGUUGUUCCCUAUGAUUUUGGUUUCAUUAAGUAUGCCAGUUUGUAUUAUGUUUCCCUUUCCUCUCUCUCAGUGUUGAGAUUUUUGUGUCAGCUGUACAGUAUUCUGAAUAAUUUAAAAAAAAAUAAAAAAAAAUUGUUGUAAAGUACUGCAGAGAGAGGCUGCUAUA